AUGAACCCAUAUGUCCUAAUUACCCUCUUAUUUGGACUAGGCCUAGGAACCACCAUUACAUUUACAAGUUCACACUGACUACUCGCCUGAAUAGGACUAGAAAUUAAUACUCUAGCCAUUAUUCCCCUGAUAACCCAACACCACCACCCCCGAGCCGUUGAAGCAACAACCAAAUACUUCCUCACUCAGGCCACCGCCGCAGCCAUACUUCUUUUUGCAAGCACUACCAAUGCUUGACUCACCGGACAAUGAGAAAUCCAACAAAUAACACAUCCCUUCCCAACAACCAUAAUCAUUCUCGCCCUAGCACUAAAAGUAGGCCUAGCCCCCAUACACUCCUGACUCCCCGAAGUAUUACAAGGACUUAGCCUCACUACCGGGCUUAUCCUAUCCACUUGACAAAAAUUAGCCCCAUUUGCCCUCCUCCUGCAAAUCCAACCCGCCGAUCCCUUCAUCCUCAUUACAUUGGGCCUGACCUCAACUCUAGUCGGCGGCUGAGGAGGACUUAACCAAACACAACUACGAAAAAUCCUUGCUUACUCUUCAAUCGCUCACCUGGGCUGAAUGAUACUCAUCCUCCAAUUCUCCCCGACCAUCACACUUCUUACCCUAAUUACAUAUCUCCUGAUAACCACCUCAACAUUCCUUGUCUUCAAACUAAACAAAGCAACAAACAUUGCCACACUAGCCAUCUCAUGAACUAAGACCCCCGCCCUAACAUCCCUCACCCCCCUAAUUCUCCUCUCACUCGGAGGCCUCCCCCCACUAACCGGAUUUAUGCCCAAAUGACUUAUCCUUCAAGAACUUACCAAACAAGACCUAUCAACACUAGCGACACUAACCGCACUCACUGCCCUCCUCAGCCUAUUCUUUUAUCUACGCCUAUCUUAUGCAAUAGCCCUUACCCUGUCCCCAAAUAAUGCCACCGGAACCACUCCCUGACGACUCUCAUCCACCCAAUCUAACCUGCCACUAGCCCUCUCAACUACCACCUCAAUCCUUCUCCUCCCCCUCGCCCCCGCCGCAAUAGCCCUUUUCACCCCCUAA